AUGGCUGCCGCAGUCCGCGUUGCCCCGAGUGCCGCAACGAGGGCAUUGAAACUGCUCCGGACAGUGCAGUACACGCACCCGCCCUCGUGUCCAUGCCACUCAAACCCAGGACAUCAUCACCACCAUGCUGCCAGACCCCAGAUCGACGCCUAUGCCCAGCGGACGUGGCAGACUGGCCGGCGCGGGUUCGCCUCGCCUAUGGACCCUUCCCAGCAGAAGGAAUACGCCUUCGAAAUGGCCGCGUCCUCAAUUCGAUUCGGGCCUGGCGUAACCCAGGAAGUCGGCAUGGACUUCAAGAACAUGGGUGUCAAGCGUGUCUGUGUCGUGACUGAUCCGACAGUCAGGCAACUCACUGCCAUGAAGCAGGUUGAGGAGGCUCUGUCGAGGGAGGGUGUUGAAUAUGAUAUAUUUGACAAGGUGCGAGUCGAGCCGAAGGAUAGCUCCAUCAAAGAAGCCAUCGAGUUCGCCAAGCCCUACAAACCAGACGCUUUCCUGGCCGUUGGCGGAGGCUCGGUCAUUGACACAGCCAAAUUGAUGAACUUAUACACCGAAUAUCCCGAUGCCGACUUCCUCGAUUUCGUCAACGCGCCCCUAGGCAACGGGCGGCCCAUCGACAAGCAGCUCAAGCCCCUGAUCGCCAUCCCCACCACGGCCGGCACGGGCAGCGAGACGACGGGGACAGCCAUCUUUGACCUCGUGGCCAAGCGUGCAAAGACCGGCAUCGCGCAUCGCAACCUCAAGCCCACGCUCGGCAUCUGCGACCCGCUGAACACGCGGACGAUGCCCGCGGCCGUGAAGGCAAGUUCCGGCCUCGACGUCCUCUGCCACGCGCUCGAGUCCUGGACCGCAAUCCCGUUCAACGAGAGGACGCCUCGCCCGACGAACCCGAUCAUGCGGCCUGCAUACCAGGGCGCCAACCCGAUCAGCGAUAUCUUCUCGUUGAGUGCGCUACGGAGUACCGUCAAGUACCUCCCGAGAUCGGUAAAGGAUCCCGAGGACUUUGAGGCGCAGAGCGAGAUGCUACUCGCUGCUACGCUUGCCGGUGUGGGGUUUGGCAACGCGGGAGUGCAUCUAUGUCACGGCAUGUCCUACCCGAUCUCGGGCCAGAACCCGGGGUACCAGCACGCAGGCUACGAAGUAAGCACGCCUAUAAUCCCGCACGGCGUCUCGGUCGCCGUGUCGGCGCCCGCCGUCUUCCGGUUCACGGGGCCCUCCAACCCUGAGCGCCACCUCGCGGCGGCCGAGGCCUUUGGGGUGGACGUCACCAACGUGAAGCGCGAGGACGCGGGCGAGGCGCUCGCCGACGCCGUCACGGCGUUCCUGGCUGAGCUCGGCGACCAGCCGAAGGGGCUGAAGGAGCUCGGGUUCGGCCACGACCACAUCGAUGCGCUGGUCGAGGGGACUAUCCCCCAGGCCCGCGUGCUGAUGCUGGCGCCGGGCUUGGCGGCGGAGCUGGAGCGCGAGAGGGACCAGUUGCGCAGGCUGUUUGAGGAUGCUAUGGUGCACUGA